AUGGCUGAUGUUAGCUCAUCACAAGGCACUUCUUCGGCUUUCUCAGAGGUUUUUUUUCAAAGUAAUUUUGAUUAUGUUGGAAAAAGUUCAAGGUAUCUAAAUAUUCGCUUAGUACGAUAAUAACGGGUCACAAGUCGGAUGUAAAAGCAGUCGUUUUGACUCCUUCCGGAUCGUUGAUUACAGGCGGGCGCGAUGAAACUAUCCGAUUUUGGAAUAAAAAGUUUUUUUGUUUUCAAGAUGUUGGGUUAAUUUUUUUUUCAGGGCUGGUGAGUAUCAGGAAACGCAAAAACUUGUUCAGCCGAAAGGACUCAUAGUAAAUUCCUUGGCUUAUUCGUCUUCUUCCGCAGGAUGGAGGUGAGUUCCAAGGGAGAAUAAAGUGAGAAAGAUGGAUAUUUCAGGUUGUUCGCCGGAAGAAAAGAUGGUUCUAUUGCGAUGUAUGCCAGCGGGAGUCAAGAGCCAGUCACAGUCGUCAAACACCAUCAGAAUAACGGUUUCAGGCCGUCCUAAACGUUUUGUGUAUUUUCGAUGAUUUCAGUUUGUUGUCUUCACGUCGACGACAAGAACGGCGUCCUCCUCAGUGGUUCUUGGGACACGCACGUGAUUGUUUGGCCCAUCGCCGAGUUUCACACCGACGUGAUAAAUGUUGGUUGUGCUGUAUUGAGAGUCAUUUCGAUCAGUUGCAUCUGAGAGAUACAUUUGAUUCACGCUUUUGCUAAUUGUGUUCUCAAAAAGGGAUGAUAUUAUUCUGUAAAAUUCUUGAAAAUUUUCCAAAAGCUCUUACAUAUUUAGCUUAUCUUCGAUCUUUUUUCAGAUCUUUUGGCUCGCUCAAAAAUUUUUGAAGAAUACUUUACUUUCUACCACAAACAAGUGGAUCAUUAUCAUAUAAUUUAAUCUUUGAACUUGUUUUUUUUCCCCAGAAGUAGCAAUCAAAGAGCUGUAAUUACGUUUUGAAAAAAAUAUUUUUAAAGUAAAAUUUAUUUUUUUUUACCGUUUGAAACAUUUUCAAAAUAAGAGCGUAGAAAUGUUUCUCUCGCUUGUUAUUUUAAAGAUCUUUUCGAAUGGAAGAGAGCAAAAAAAAAUUUUUUUUUUCGCUUGAAAGUGUAAUUUUCUGUUUUUUCGUACAGGAAUGUGCAUUUAGUUUUUAGAACCUUUUUUCAGGCCUUGCUUCUGGAUGGCCACACAAUGUCGAUUUGGGCACUUGCGACGUUUCCCGACCAUCCUCAACAUUAUUUGAGCGCCAGCGCCGACAAAACGAUCCGUCUUUGGCAAAAUGACGUCAUCAAGAAAGUUUUCAUCGGUAAUCUAACUUUAAUGAGUCUUUAUUCGAGGUUUCAAAAAUUCCAAACAUUCCAAAAUUUAUAUAUUUUAUCUGCGUAUUUUCGCUCGAUUCUGAGCUAUUUAUUCCUAGGAUUUUGUGCUUUUUCAUGUACUUUUUUUAGGCCACACGGACGUCGUUCGCGCGCUUGCCGUCAUUUCAAACGGGCGGUUCAUUUCUGCCUCAAACGACGGAACCAUCCGAUUGUGGGACGUGGAGAGCGGAUCUUGCGUCAACAAGUUCCAAAAUAUUUCCGAGGACUUCAUUUAUAGGUUUGUUCGACUUCAAGGAGUUGAAAAUAACUGAAAAAGCUUUUUUUAAUCAAAAUGUGUGAAAAGUUUUUGCUAAAUUUCUUCUUUAUUUUUUUAACAUAAUAAUUUUUUUGUUUUUUUGAGAAAUUAUUUUUCACUUUCUCCCAUGUAGUGCUCCAAAUUUACUUAUUCAGUAUAUUUUUACUGAACAUUUCUUCAAAAAAAGACUAUUUGGAUAUAUUUUUCUAACUAUUGUUAAUCACUUUUUUUCAUGUAUUAUAUUAUUAAAAAAAUCCUCGCCGAAUAGUAUAAAAAUUUCUAAUAAUUUGAAAUAACACUCAAAACGGUUCUUUUUUCGAAAAUUUCCCAUGCUCCAAGUAAAACAGCAGAAAAUUUUUGUAUGCCGUUUCUAUUUCAAAAGCAACAUCUUCUUCGGAUUUAAAUUCAGCGAAAGCGAAAAAAAAAAUCACCUACGGAAAAAUAUCAUUUUUCGAUAAAUUUUUUGAUUCCAGCCUUGCCCUGAGCGAUUCUUUCGUGUGCACCUGUGGCGAGGAAGGAAAUCUCGAGUUUUGGAGUGUUAGCUCUGAUGGAACAUCUCACAGGCUUGAAUUCUGAAGUUGUUGUCGAGAUUCAUCCGAAGGUUUCAGCUUCAAGAGCGAGUUUGUGGUGACGACGCCGGCGACGACGACUUGGGACGUCAAGGUCCUGCCUUCAUCGGACGUCGCUGUGUCGGCCAGGUACCUUCCUGCGGGAUUAUCCAUUUCCUAUAACGUAUCUUUCAGCGAUGGGAGAGUCUAUAUUUUUACGAAAGAUCCGAGUCGCGCGGCGCCCAAGCAACUCUGCGAAGCUUUUGACGCCGAAGUCGUCGCGAAAGUUUCGAUGAUGAUGAAUAGAAAACAGGAGGUUAGUUCUCAGAAAAGAACGAAGCUUGUUCCAAAAGCCAGAAGUUUGCCACGAAAUAAUCUAGAAUUGUUUCGAAGCAAGUACCGGUGAACCCUUUUUUGUUUUGAAACAUGUCGCAUUUUCCCAAUGAUCACGCCAUAAGUGUUCUAUGCUUUAGGACAGCACAGUUGUGAUAAAAGUGGCGCUGGACGACGGGCCGACGAAAAUGGAGCUUCGAUACAAGAAAGGCAGUGAUCCUGCGGUGGCUGCAGAGAACUUCAUCACGGAGAAUCAAUUGCCGAUCAGCUACCUCUCCGAGAUCAUCGAGUACAUCUGCACCAACAUUCCCGAAGCUCGAGCUUUUCAAGAAAAGCAAUUUUUGCGACGCUCCGUCAAAAAGACCGAGGUCGACGGCGUGGUAUGUGGCACUUUUUUGACGUUUUAAGAAAUAUACCCUUGAGUCAUCUUGAUUGAAAAGAAAAGAUUUAAAGUUUGAGAAAAACACGGAAUUUAAGAAAUUGACAAGGAAGAUUUUUACCUUUACUGUUUACUGUUUAUUGCAUCUUCUAUGUAAGAAUACAUGUGCAAUCGACUUUCAUUGAUUUAACUGUGUUUGAACGGCGGCAGGAGCUUUGGCUUAGGCAGAGAAGUUGUGAAUUUUGCUCGUAGAACGUCAGGUACAAGAGAGGUCGUAGGAAACUGCAUGCAGCGAAAAGGCUCAAUCUCUGCCAUCGGCCUUUGGAAAGCCGGCACCGUACUUCUUCCUACAAUCUUCACCUUAGUACUUUGAAAUUUCAAGAAAAUUUUUUUCUAUUUUCUAAAGCUAAUAAAAGUUGUUCUGUCUUUUUUUUCAGAGACUUUUCAGUUCAGAAAAAAAAAUCAGCUUAGAGUACAAAAGCAUCAAAAGAAGUUUUUUCCUCAUAGUGAACAGAAAAAGGAUAGCUCUUGAGUUCUAAAGUUUUCUAUUUAGCUUUACGAUUUCGUGGUCGACGUGGAUUUGAAAGAGAAAGGCCGAGCGAAGCUUCUCUUCAACUUCAACGAUGACGCGGAUCUCGUCGCUCAGACGUUUGUCGAGAAGUAUAAUCUUUCAAUGGCAGCCUUAUACGAGGUUCUUAUUUUUCGAAGAGUUCAAUCAAUAUUUUUCGUCUUUUGCAGUACUCCAACUUGAUCCGAAAGUAUCAGGCAGGAUCUUCGGCUCCACCACCAGUAUAUUCCGAUCCUUACUCAGGUACUCAUCUGUUUUAUCAUUUUUGAAGAGUUUCUUUCCGUUUUUUUCCCGUUUGUCUAAAAAGAUCAUUGAUGUUUAUUUUUUUUUCCGCUUAAAUCUGUUUUUCUCAUACUUUUAGCUUCCUCAAAUUUUUUAUAAGUAUUAUUGUGGGAGGUCGAUAUGUUCCUUCGACGGGUAGCGGCGGAGCUUUGUCAGGAUACGAUGAUCCUUUCACUGGAGGCAAUCGCUACGUUCCUGGAUCCACGGCUUCUUCUGCCAAUUCUUUCGGAGGCGACCCGUUCACCGGCGAGGGGAGGUUAGAAAAGCGCCAACGGAGGCCAAAUUAAGACAAUUCUCAGUUACAAGACUUCGAAUACGGGCGUUGCGCUGGCGCAGCAGCCUUUGGACAAAAAGAAGCCGCGUGGUGCGUUGGUCCCUGUUCCAGAUUUCUUCGUGGUACUUUUUUAUCAGUUCUUUGUUUUUUUUUUCAAUUUUUGGUUUUCAGAAAAACUCCUUCUUUUUGAAAAGAAAUAUUUUUUGUUCGCACACAGAAAAAUAAUAGAAAAUUUCUUACUUUUUUUUUUCUGAAAACAACAUUUUGUGAUAGAAUUUAUGUUUUUAUUCUCAGAUGAGUACAGUUCACCGUCAGAAAUGAAAUGCGAAUAAAGUUUUUUUCGCUCACAUCUUUCUCGUUUGGAGCUCAAUCUUUUCAAAACAUUCAAAAAAAUCUAACUGAGUGUUAAAAAUAACAGUUAUAACAACUCUAGAAAGUGUCAAGGAGAUUGAGCUUCAUACAAAAAAGUUCUGCUCGAAAAGGCGUUUUUCGUAUAUUUUCUGACUAAACGGAACCUUUAUUCUUAUGACAAAGUUUGAACUCGAGCACGUCAUCACUUUGCGAAUGUGUGCCUGAUGGACUUGGUUUUCCAGUUCGAAGGAGUUUCUGCCAAAGAAAAGGCGAUGGCCAAGUUGCGGGAGUCGAACGGCACGCAGGAGCUUUUGGUCGUUCUGACGCCCGAGGAGUUGAGCAGCCUCGAGGAUCUGAUGAGCUCGAAGUCGUUGAGCGAGGAGACGUUGGAGCAUCUGAAGGAAGCCUUCGGCAAGACUUUCGGCGUGAGUCGUCAUCGUCUUAGGUCCUCUCCAAAUCUCCGUUUUCAGUGGUCCGUCACCGAUCUGAUGCCUGUCGUCGAUUGUUUCCGAUUGGCGCUUCUGCGUCGAGAUCUCAACGAUUUUUUCUGCGACAAGGUUUAGUUUGACCUAUUUUUUUUCUGACAACUGGUCCCAAUCUCAUAGUUUGCUUGGAUUUUCUCAAAAGUUCAUGGCUCGAUAUCAAAGCUCUGAGAAGAGAAGAUGACUGUUUUCUCGAUAAAAUCAAAAUUGAAGCUUUGUUUAAGUUUUUCCCUCUAACUUGUUCUUUUUUGAAACAAGUUAAACGAGAGAGUUAAAGUGCAGUGGGGCCUAGCUUUUUGUCACAAAUGAAGCAUUUCGAAAAAUUCAAUUUUAAAACAAAAACUCAAAAAAUCAGCGAUAGGACAGAUAGAGUCUGUUCGAAAAAUCUUUCUAGGAUUUUUCACGAAUCAAAAAAAUAGCCCAGCCUGAGGACACAAGUUUCAGGAGCGAUCUGAGAAAAUCAUGAACACGUUUUUGGCGAUUCUCGUCUCAGACAGCAUCGAGCCGCCGCUGAAGACGUUCGUCUGCAGAUGCAUUGCCAAUGCCUUCAAGCAUCCCGCCGGAGGACAACUUUUCGUCUCCCAUGAACUUUCCACGUUCUCUUCGCUCAUCCUCAAGCACUUGGUCCAUGGAAAAGCUGCACACACGAGAGUUCGCAUCUCCCCCCAAACAGAAGUUGAUCGAAGGGUUCUCAGGUCGCCGCCGCGUCGGCUCUGGCCAAUUUCGCCCUGUCUUUGCUCAGACAGUCGCAGGAGUGCUGCGAACUUGGCCGUCGCGAAGACGUCUUACGUGCCGUUAUUCAGGUUCGCCUUUUUCCCUUUAUAAAAAAAGCUAGCGGAAAACUUUCUAUGAAAACUCUGCAAAAGAUUUUUCACCAUGGUCAGGCUUUUUUUGCGCUCUACUUAUAAGCAUUGCAAGAGUUUUUCGGUUUCGCCGCGUUUCCACAAUUUUCAGAAAUAUUUUUGUAUUUGUAGAGUUAUGGUCUUCGUUUCUCUUGCUCGUCAUGACGUUUCUGUUAUAGGAAAUCGAGCCUGUCCCAUCUUUCGGCGAUUUUCCACCAGACGCUCUCGUACGUCUUCUUCAGGCCAUUGUAACCCUCAUGUGGGGCGAUAUCUCGAUCAUUACGGUACUCAAUCUGCUUCAAAGAGUGCCCCUCAGAAUGAUUCUUUGCAGUUGGCCAAGUCGAGGAACAUGGCCCAGUUGGCGGCGCGUCUCAAAGACGCGGCGCCUGAAGAAAGCGGCGGCAAGGAAGUCGCUCGCGACAUUGUGGAAAUGACCUAUGCCGUUUGA